UCCGCCCAGUCAGGCGUCACGGCACCGACAAGAUGGCCGAGAGUACGGGACGAAAAUGAGGGAGGAAACAAAAACACUGGCGACACUAUCCUUGCUGCGGAUGCCAGACCUGUAGAGCAGCGGGUGACGAGUUAGUGCAAAGAUAUAAGCUGGGUUGCUUAGAGUGCCUGUUCUGUGGGUGACAUUUGCCGUAUGCAGACGAAUUGUAGUCCAAGCUGACGGAACGUUUGGCAGGUCGUCUGCGUUGGCCAGGGAGCUAACCCGCUAAUCAUGUUAGCUAGCUGACGACACCGUUAGCUAGAGAAUACGCUUUGAGAAAGUGACAUCAGGUUAAAUUUGAAAUACACAGUCGUCGCUGCUACUUUAUUACAGAUAUCAUUUUUUCGCCAACGGUAUUACUUCUACGAGUGAGAAAUUUAAUUUAACACACUAGUUAACACUUAGCCUUCUGGUUAGUAAGCUAACAUUGCGGAUUUCUUCAGAGUUAGCGUUAGCAAACGUUGGUUAGCGUGCUCAGCUGUUUUGGGUGUCUUAGGUUGUUCGGAUACAGAAAAGGUGCAUUAGUUCGUGUGCAGGAAGGACAUUUUGUUGUCCUGUUUGAGAGUAACCGGGGGUAUUCUGAGCAGAUCUGGGUAGCUAGGUGUGCUGGAGGAGCGCUGUGGGGCAUUAACGGCACCACAGCCGGGACUGUAAACACAAGUGAAACCGAUCAGACCUCAGCCCUGCACUACAGAACCAGUCAGCGUCACCAUGGCCCAUUCUCCCGUUCAGGGUAACCUGCCGGGGAUGCAGAAUGCUAGAGUGGACCCAGAGGAGCUGUUCACCAAGCUUGAGCGCAUUGGCAAGGGUUCAUUUGGUGAGGUAUUCAAAGGCAUCGACAACCGUACACAGAAGGUCGUGGCCAUCAAGAUCAUAGAUCUGGAGGAAGCAGAGGACGAGAUCGAAGACAUCCAGCAGGAGAUCACUGUGCUGAGCCAGUGCGACAGCCCCUUUAUCACCAAGUACUAUGGCUCAUACCUGAAGGACACAAAGCUAUGGAUCAUUAUGGAAUAUUUAGGUGGCGGUUCAGCAUUAGAUUUGAUGGAGCCUGGAGCUCUGGAUGAGACCCAGAUCGCCACGAUCCUAAGAGAGAUCCUCAAGGGCCUGGAGUACCUGCACUCUGAGAAAAAGAUCCACAGGGAUAUCAAAGCUGCCAACGUUCUGCUGUCUGAGCAAGGAGAAGUAAAGUUGGCUGAUUUUGGUGUUGCCGGGCAGCUCACAGACACCCAGAUCAAACGCAACACUUUUGUGGGCACCCCCUUUUGGAUGGCCCCUGAGGUCAUCAAACAGUCGGCCUAUGAUUCCAAGGCUGAUAUCUGGUCUCUGGGCAUCACUGCUAUCGAGUUGGCAAAGGGUGAGCCGCCCCAUUCAGAUCUCCAUCCAAUGAAGGUUUUAUUCCUCAUCCCAAAGAACAAUCCGCCCACACUGGAGGGCAACUACAGUAAACCACUCAAGGAAUUUGUCGAGGCCUGCCUCAACAAAGAGCCCAGUUUUAGACCAACUGCCAAAGAGCUGCUGAAGCAUAAACUGAUCGUCCGCCAUGCGAAGAAGACGUCCUACCUGACCGAACUGGUGGACAAGUACAAAAGGUGGAAGGCAGAGCAGUCUAGAACCGCAGAAUCCAGUUCUGACGAGUCCGACUCAGAGCAGGAUGGCCAGGCCUCAGGUGGGAACGACUUUGGUAGUGAUGAUUGGAUCUUCACCAUCCGAGAGAAGGACCCCAAGAAGCUGCAGAAUGGGGAUGGCCAGUCAGGAACAACAGACCAGAAAAAAGACAUUCCAAAGAGGCCUUAUUCACAGAGCCUGGCCACUGUUAUCUCUCCUGCAUUAUCUGAGCUGAAGGCACGACAGGAGCAGGUGAACGGGAACCCCUUGGUCCUGGAUGAGCUGAAAGAGGCUAUCCUGCUGGCUGAGGAGGCCUACCCUGGCAUCUCUGAUUCAUUGGUUGCUCACAUGGUGCACAGGCUCCAGAGUUUCUCCACAAGCAAGACAUCCACUUCCUCCACUUAGUGACUGGUUCUGUCCCAGCCCUGCUCUCCCAAGCCCCUACCCCCCCCCCAUCCAACACCACAGCCAGAUCAGAGGGUUCAAAGUCAGGGGUGAUGUCAUUCAAUACCAGCUGACCACAUGUGACCUCUUUGUGUAGGGCGGGGUGCUAACCUGGCCUAUAAAAAUGACUGAACUCCAAAGCAGAGGAAAAGAAGGAACCUCUGGAGAGCUUCUUUUAUUCAGUAAUAAGGAGAAGUUAAGGGGGCAGCAAGACCCGCUGGAAAGGCUUUGAUGGGACAAACUCAGAGUGAUGUCAGCGAUGCUGGGCUCUGUAUACAGGAGACUCCUCCAGCCUCACACAGCAGAGUCCACAAGGAGCCAAAAAAAUCUCCCCAAAAUCCACAACAAGACUUCAGCUGCCCCACCCCUCCCCCACCCCCAAAGUAGGAAUCAUAUCCCCCCAAACCUCUGAAAGCAUGCUUGAUGAACCUGCAGGGUUAUUAUCUUAGUGUGCAAGCUGUGUGUGCGUGCGUGCGCGUGUACCUGUGACUGCGUGUUCAUGUGUUCUCUCACGUAAGUAAGACUCCCUGCUUAGGCAAAUUGCAGCAUUCAUAAGGAAACCUCAGGUAAAGUGCUUUAAGUGGAAUUUGUCCUCCAAUGGCGCAGGGGGUGGGGGGCCAUGCUGUACAUGAAUACAAGUUGUCAUUGCGGGAAUUGAAUCACUGUGUACAAAAUGGUCAUGCGCAUUUUGUAGAUACUGAUAAUGUUUAAAAGCAGAUAUUUAAAGUUACUCCAACAGUAAGAACAGAAAAUGCCUUGCCUUUACAGAUACACACAAAUCUGUGUUCUGGCAUUACAUCACAGUUUUCUUUGACUUAUCAGUGAGUGAGAUUCAUAAGUGUUUUGGGGGUUUUUUUCCAAAGUGACUUGGUUCCAAUCUCACAUUUGAAUCACCUGCUGAAUCAAACUAACUUUGUUACUAAGCUGACUCUGUUUAGCGGCAGAAGAAUUUCCUUUGUUUCUUUAGUCGGGAGGAAAACUGCUACCUGUACUUACGUUUAGACAAUUAAAGUCAGUUUUGAAAUUUUGUAGGGCAAGAUGAAGUUAGGACAAUUACAAAGAGGAACCUUUAGGGGUGGUCGAAUGCUGAUAUGUGAAGUAUUAUUAUUCCUCGGCUUGUAAUUUCUCCUUAGCAGUGUUUAGAAACUCAACGUGGAGAUGAGGAAAAAAUGGCAAGGCCCCAAGAAGGCAAUCAAUCCACGCAAAACUUUGCUCAUGGCCAAAUUAAACUGAUAAAUUAAUCAGCACAAGCCAAGCUGCAGAAUCCAAUGCCAUCUUUAUUAUCCUCACACAUUUCUGUUCUCACCUCCACACCGUGCUAUAGAAGUGCCAUGUCUUCUUUUAUGCUUUCACCAGAUAUUUGUAGUAUGAUUUGCACCUUUUUUUUUUCUAAUUUUCAGAUCAGUUUUUUUGCACUUUGAAAGUGUGUCAAGUAUUUAAAGAAACCUGUAAAAAAACAAAAAAUUGCUAAUAGCCAUGUUUUACUAUAUAUGUUUACUUAAGAGUUCCAGAAUUUACUACUGUGCUAAUGCAGCAAUAAUGUUGGUGAGUUGCAUCAAGACGCACUUGUCAACACAGGGACUGAAAGAAAUUAAGAAAUAUGUGAUAUUUUUAUAACUGCAAAGAGUUAAGUAUGGAAAUAUGGAAUGCUUUAUGGAUAUCAGCACCUGCCUCUGGCAACAACAAAAAAAAUCUGUAACUUACAGAAAAACAUAUGCUACGAAAAUAACAAAAUGUGUACAUUUGGUCUCCUUUAUCAUAGCUGACAGUUUAUAAUACUGUAUAUAAUCUUUGCUUGUGUCAUUUGAGAAUCCCCAAGUUAAAUUUAAGCUCCUUAUAAGCUUUCAAAGUGACAUGAGAAAUAAAGAUCUAAUCUAACUGAGAACAUAAUGGCCACAUUUACUUUUCAGGAGUUGGUGUUUGUAGACUGGAAACUCCUUCAACACCAUGCAGGAAUUUAGUUACUCCACUUCCCCUACCAUUGUGCCACAUUCACAAGUGUUUCUAAAGGAAGCUAAAGCAAUUCCCCAGCAUGGUAAAGUAUACAUUUGCUUGUUUGUUUUUAGGUAGGAAAGAAAAAGUCCUGUUCUUAUUCAAAAUUCCCAGAACACAGAAGGGGAGCUUCUGUCAGUUUAGGAUAGUAACUGCCUCAGAAUAGCUACAGUGACUGGACCACAUUGGUCGACAGCUACAGUGAAAGAUAAUUAAAACUGCAGUAGAGACACUACACAGCAUGAACCUGUUAAUGCAAGAAUAGGUUUGUUCUUGAUCACCAGAUCUGGCAAGUGCAUCUACUAGGAGGCUGAGGCAGUAUUUUAUUUACUGACAUUAAAUGUCAGUGAGACCAGAGAAAUGACAAACUGAGCUAUAUUUACUACAGUCAGUGAGGCCUCUUUUUAAAGCUAAAUAAUUAGCACCAAGUAAUUACCCAGAUAUGAUAUAAACCAUUUCUAAUAUAUAGUUCAUGAGUAUGAUUUAUUGUAAUCACAAUAACUUGUAUGUUUUUUUGUGGUAAGCACUUUGGGCAAGAAUGGUGAACACUACCUUCUUGCAUUGAAAGACAAAUCCACCCAGUCAUCAAACUAGCUGCAAUCAUUUGUAUUUGAAGGCAUAUUCAGUUACAGAAUUGUAAGCACGUAAACACUGAUUUUAAAUGAUGUCAUUGCAUAUGUGGAAGAAACCACCGCUGACACAGAUGUUUAGUGGCAGAGCAUUGGAGCAUUGAAUAGCCAUAACAUGACAGUGUUCUUCAAGCCCAAAAUUAAUUCAGACUUUGAAUAACGAAGAUUUCUUACUGAGGAAGCUGUGUGUGGUGUCAGAUUAUGUCCUGUUAAUAUCGUUUAUGUAUAAAAUACCAACAGCAUAUUACAAUACAUACAUCACUGCACUUUGAAAUAAAUACAAAUAUUGGGAUGAUUUCUUUGUAAUUAUGCAUGUGUAAAAACAUGAAAGACAAAAUUAGUUGAAGAUAAUAAAGCUCAGUGCAAAAGAAA